AUGAAGCGCAAGAAGUGGUCGGAGCUCGAAGAGCAGACCCUUCUCACCAAAUACUCCGAGCUGCUCAAUUCCGGGACUUUAUCUAAGCUCAAGACCCGGGAGAAAAAGUUCAAGCCCAUCGCCGAUCAUGUCAACUCCGUUCACCACCUUCAGGACCCCAUCAACUUCCCCUUCAAGUGGUCUUGGAGGGAUGUCUCCAUUAAGGUUCAGAAUAUGCGGCACCAGUACUUGGGCGUCAAGCAGAAGAUUAGGAUCUCUGACAACGAGUUCGAUUGGAACGACGGUCAGAAUCACUGGGAGAACUUCUUGAAGUACAAAGAAGUUUUUGGAGAUGUCGAACUGGAAGUGAAGGCCAACGGUAAUAGUACUAAUGUUAAUAAUAAAAGGGCUAGUUUGAUGCAGGAGGCUCCUUACCUGGGGGAUUUUGGGGAUGAUGAAGAAGGGGCUGCGGAGUUCUUAGGGGAUGAGGAUGUUUUGGGUUUGGAUUUUGGAAUUGACAGUGAAGGAAUGGAUGGGGAGGAAGAUGAAGACGAGGGAGGGUUUGGUGAGGACGUGGAUGUUGGUGUCAGUGAUGGUGAAUUAAGGGGGGAAAGGGAUGAGAUUGAUGAUUUGGAUUUUAACCGAGGGAAGAAAUGGAAGAAGGGUUUUGAUGGGAAAAGCUUUAGGAGGGUUAGCGCUCAAGUGUUGGAGUUGAGGGAUGCGCUAUUGAGAAGGGAGGAUAAGAGGAGGGAAAGGGAGUGUAACAGAGAGGAAGACAUGAUUGAGAGGGAGCAGAGGAAGAGGGAGAGGAGAAAUUUUGAGAGGAAUGAAGAUGUGGAGACCGGGGAAACAAAUUUGGAGGAGAGGCAAAUUAUGUGGGCUAGGAGAGAAAUGGACAGAAGGGCAAGGUUAGAGAGGGAAAUUGAUGAGGAGCGGAGGAAAAGGAUGAAAAUGGAGGAGAGGUGGGAGGAAGAGAAAAUGGAAUGGAGGGAGAAGAUGGUGGGAAUGCAAAUUGAGCAUGAAAAACAGAUGAUUCAAAUGCAUGCUGAUGCUUGCCAGAACCAGCUGCAGAUCUUAGGAGUCGUUGCUAGGCUAAUGUGCCAAUUUUUUGGGGCACCUAAUGAUGGAUUAGGUGGUGGUUUGGGAACUUUGCCUCCACAGGUUUUGCAGAAUUUGCAGCAUCCUGGAGGGUUAGGUGAUGGAGUGAAGCCUGAUGCUAGUUCACCUUCUGAAUUUCUGUAA